CCUGACAACCAGAUAGUGAUUUUGAGGUUUCAAGAACUGGCCCAUAGCUACAUGACGUACAGAGGAGACUGAGGAGGUUUUUACGAACCCAGAUGAAUGGCCGUAUAUCUUGAGUUCGGAAAAGGCACCUUUUUGCUUUGAUUCGUCUGGAUUUCCAUUAAAACCAUUCUCAGUCCAAGGCAAAGAACCGUGCCACAAAAAAAGCGAAAUAGGAUAGAAGCACGGAACUGACAAGGACGACUGACCGUCAUGCGAGAAGAACAGUCUUGUGGCAACUUUCCCGAGGGUGGGGUCCUACCCAGUGAAGAGGAGCAAGAACGCCGUCCCAACAAGUGCCCCGUCGUGGUUGCACCACCAGCGGGUGCUCGAAAGCGGCUGACGGGUCCCAAGAAAGAGCCUGGUGGACCCCCAACACAGGACAACAAAACGUCGCUGCAGGGUCCCUCUACGCUCACUCCCUCUUGCCCCAAGCGGCCCAAGAGAAGCUCUCCUCCUUCCUCAUCGACCUCUGCGGCCUCCCUAGUGCCCACCGUGAGCUCGGUUUCACCUGUGCCCGGGCAACCGUUCGAGGACCUCCACACGCAACGAGUGAUCGCUAACGUCCGGGAACGGCAGCGCACACAGUCCCUAAAUGAUGCUUUCGCCUCGCUGCGGAAGAUCAUCCCCACGUUGCCUUCAGACAAACUGAGCAAGAUUCAGAUCCUCAAACUGGCUUCAAGAUACAUCGACUUCCUCUACCAGGUUCUCCAGAGCGAUGAGAUGGAUGCCAAGCUGGCCAGCUGUAACUACCUGGCCCACGAAAGACUGAGCUACGCCUUCUCCGUUUGGAGGAUGGAGGGCGCUUGGUCCAUGUCCGCCACUCACUAGACGUUCCCCGUUCCUGAUCCUACUUUCCAACCCUACAGCCAACCUCUGAACUCUGAACCUACAUUGUGCCCGAGAGAAACUGACUCUGACUAUUAAAUCUAUCGCUGUCUGUAUAUUAGCUACAGCUUCAGCUUCACCAGAAACAGACUUUUGACUCCUGAUGCCAUGACCUGACCCUGCCUAAAGCUGACCUCUGACCUCCUAACUCCGAUCUUUUCACUUUUUCUCAGAGCAAACCUCUACAGUAUCCUACUAUCCCAGAGGACAUCAAGCUUCAACUACAAGCCAUCAACCUUUUCCUUCCCCUAAUGGAUCAAUACAACAAAAUGCAAAAACAAAUCCUCCACCAUCUAGAGGAAUGGACACCAGCGGUGUCUAAACUAAGAUUGCUCAGACCAUUCCACAUGACUCUGAAUCAAACUCUGGAAAUCAGUGGCAGAGAGCUGAUUUGAGAUCAGCGUUCAUUGACUUUCACUUUGUAUAGAGGCAGACAUUGACUGUCUUAAGGACUCUACAUGUAUAGCUAACCUUAGCCUGAUGGAAAAAAUGUUACGUAGACUCACUAUAUUCCCGAUAUACAGAUCUGAUCAUUUCAGAGUCGCUGUGCUUGUCAUUUAUGCUGUAUAUUAACCAACAUUAUUGCUUCUGUGACAGUGUAACAAUUGUGUCAUGGUAUUUACCACAUCCGUCUAAAUGCAUUUAAAAAAAUAAAAAUAAAGCUGUAAGAUUAUUUCUGCAAUAUGACGACUUGGUGAAUAGCAAAUGCAUUAAGUUCGAGUUAUGAGAGUUAAUUUAUAAUGAGCAUGUUUAUGACUUUUAGUGCGAUAAAAACUUUUGAAGAAAACAUAAAGCAUUUAACAAAUGAGAAAUGUAAAGUACAAAAAAACAAAACAAAACAAACAAAAAAAUUAUCUUAAAAGUGUGAAGUGAUAGAUCAAGGUGUUCUUGUUCUGCUCGGACAAGUUCUUUAGGAUCCAGACAGACACCACUAAUUACGUAAUUAGAAUCAAAUGUCGGCUAAACUUGGUCUGCACAUAAACUUAGCAUUAUCCUUUUUAGUUUGAGGCUUCAAUAAAUAUAUGUCUGCUUGGCAAGAAAUAAGACAGACAGCCUCGCCACAAAAGUGCCACAUUCUGUUGUUUAGUACUUGUAAUUAGGUAAGGCAAUUACAAGAUGUAUGUUUGAAGCAAAGUGCAAAACACACGGCCACAGUGGCCCAAACUAAAGCAGAAGCCUAAACCUGUUACAACAGAAGAAACCAGUUACCAGAUGGACCACCGACCAGUGCGGACCAUCUAUUGGCUUCAGGCCAGCUCAAGUAUUUCAGAUUUAUUUGGUUGUGUGCAUGUGCAAAACAUUAUUGCAAUGGUUCAUCCUUAGAUGCUUCAAUAGAUGCAUGACACACCUGAAAACUAUAGUUCCUCGGUAUAUUUUUUAUAACA